UCCGAUUGGCUGGCUGUAUGUGUUCUGAACCAUGAAGCACGUUGCAAUUCGAGGAAACGAAUACAUAUACCUCGAAAGCUGGCCUGGAAACUUCAAACCUGCAACCAUCUGCCACCAGUCGACACACCAACGCUAAGGCAUUCUCCGAACAGAAUCUGAAAUACGCCACGCACGCUUCAGGGCACAAGAUGGUCAAAGUGCAAAGGCUUGAGCCAAUGGUCAAGGGCAAGGGCAAGGCAGGGGAGACUGGCUCAUCCGAAACUGUACCAGUGGCGACGAGACCUCUGCCGCAGCUUCUGAUCGAGGUCUGGGAGAAUGUGAUCAAUCAUCUCUGGGACAACGAGUGGGCUUUGUGGAUGUGCAGGCUCGUCUGUCGGGCAUGGUACCCUCCAAGUCGCUUUCACUUGCACAGCCAGAUCAGGAUCCAGAGUGUGAAGGGUGUGAAGGCGUAUGUCAAGAUCCUGAAGCAGACGCCCGAGCUGUCAAAGCGGCCGCACAAUAUGCACAUAUCGGGCAGUGAAAAGUCAGAUCUGUCAGCACUGUCGCUGGCGGCGAUCCUGCUCGCUCGCAAGCUGCCCCGGAUCGAGCGGCUUUCAAUCCGGUAUUCAAAUUGGCAGCCAUGGACGAUGCACAAAGACAUAUUCCUCCAUCUCUCCGCAUUCUCCUCUGUCACUAGCCUCAAUCUCUAUAAAGUCACAUUCCCGUCAAUCACCGUCUUUGGGCGCCUCAUCUGCGCCCUGCCAGUCCUAGAUGCUCCUGGCGUUACGGAUGUGGUAUGAUUGCGGUAUUCUGGCAUCCGGAUGGCUACGCCUUUCCCAUCUGCAUUUUGCGAACCUGCGUGCAUAUGUCUUACGCAGACUGUGGCGCUGCUGUAAGUAGUAUAGCCCCACCGGCGAUGACGGGCUGGCAGCCU